GGCUGACGAAGAAGUGGCAACAGUUCAAAGACAAACGCAACGCUUCCAUAGAGAUGGCCGUAUACUUCGCGCAAAGCGUUGGUCUGGAAGGGGUUAACGUUCACGCGGAGGACAUUAUCAACGAUCGGUCGCUCAUUGGGUUCGUUAAGUCGAAAAACAUGAUACUUUUCUGUUGGGGCGAUGACCUCAACCGCACAGAACUGAUCGCCGAACUCAAAGAACAGGGCGUCGAUGGAGUUGUUUACGACCGGCGAAAUCGAUAUUCUGUGCGCAAAGACACGAUCGUUGAUUAUAUACCGCUAAACAAUGACUUACUUGGAAAAGACCGGAUGGUUGUGGAGCUCAGCCGAUGUGAUCACUUGAUUGGGAGGCAUAGCGGGCGAGAGGAGUCGAGUGUCGCUUUGGUCUCCACCUGUCCGUUGCCGUCCGCCUCGUGGUGUGUGAGCGCAUACAUCGACGCCUCCUUAAUGUCGGAUGACUUCAAAUUGGAGACCGAUUUCUUGUUCUUGAUCUUUGGCCGCAAAACAGUGCCCAACUCUAUAGUGCCGGGCGGUCUACCUCUCGACAAUUACGCCGAUUUGGUUGCCGUCCAUCGCGUGCCCACAAACAACACUCUCCUCCGUUUGACGGCUGCCAACGGAUCCCGCGGUGACCUCUUCUAUAAAUUCAAACAAGUCUUCGUCGAGAAUACACCGCAGAACGAGAUCUUCGGCGAAAUCGCGUUCCCUUUGGUCACCGAUUUGGUGAACGGCAAAAAUGGUACCAUUUUUUUUGUCUGUUUUGCAAUCGUUUUCAUUAACCGCCUUCUCUUCACUUAUGGCAUCACAUCGUCGGGUAAGACAUACACCAUAGCGGGCACACCCGCAGAGCCGGGGAUACUCCCGCGCGCUCUCGACGUACUCUUCAAUACACUGAUCCAGAAUCAGAUCCAAAGCCGCAAACAUGUGUUCAAACCGGACGGCAGUAAUCACUUUGUGAUUCAGUCGACGCCCGACGCUAUACUUCAGGCACAGAGAGAGCAGAGGGAGAAAAUGAUACUGCGAUCCACUCCAGUGGUGAACAGCACUCCGUCCUCCGCGAGGACUCCCCGAUCGACCCGAAAGCGUGAGAACGUCGACGAAUGGGAUCAACGCGUGAAGGAGUCGGUGCUUAUCAAUGAUAUUAAUCGCGACAACUAUUACGCUAUAUUCGUAUCGUAUGUCGAGAUUUACAACAACUAUAUCUACGACCUGUUGGACGAGAGCACCGAUUAUCUUAAAGUGGUUCGUCAGCCGCAGUCCAAAGUGUUGCGCGAAGACGCGCGCCGUCGGGUGUUUGUGAACGCCGGCACUGAAGUGGAGGUGAAGAGCGCGGACGAGGCGUUCGAGCUGUUCAUCAAAGGUGUCCGCCGUCCGGCAUGCCGAGUGUGUUUGGAGUUGAGCCUCAGCUCGGCAAGGUCCGCGGGUAGCUACGUUCUGCUGGCGAAGGAGUGCUCUAGUCAGCUGUCAAUCGUUGAUUUGGCCGGAAGUGAGCGAACCUAUCGCACCAAAAACACCGACAAUCGGCUCCGAGAGGCCGGUAAUAUCAAUAACUCACUGAUGGGUUUGAGAACUUGUAUCGAUAUAUUGAGAGAGAAUCAAAUGAAUGGCUCCAAUAAAGUGGUUCCCUAUCGUGACAACAAAUUAACGCAUUUAUUCAAGAGUUACUUCGAGGGCGAGGGGAAGGUUAAGAUGAUUAUAUGUGUCAAUCCAUCGGCUGAUAAUUACGAAGAAACUGUGCAUGUGAUGAAAUUUGCCGAACAUUCUCAGGAUGUGUUGGUCUCUAAGUCUGUCAAUCGAUUCAAUUUCCAAACUAUGCCAAAACUGAUGGACAAUAUGCUAGCCGUUGAUUUGGCGGCCAUCAAUGUGGUCGGUCCGCCACUGCCCAACUGUUUCCUCGAAGAUCCCGAAGACGAUAAAGUGUUUCCCGAAUGGCUUGAAUGCUUGGAACAGAGAAAGCGAAACAAAGAGCUUAAGUUUGAAGUCCAUAAACAGAAUCAAUUGAUUGUAAGGCAAAGAGUGGCCGAAAUGGAGAGGGAGAACAUGUAUUUGAAGCAACAGUUGACUGCAUUGCAAAUGGAUUUGGCGGUCAGAGAGGGACAGAUCAAAGACUACGAGAAUANGCAAAGAGUGGCCGAAAUGGAGAGGGAGAACAUGUAUUUGAAGCAACAGUUGACUGCAUUGCAAAUGGAUUUGGCGGUCAGAGAGGGACAGAUCAAAGACUACGAGAAUAAGUGCUGUCAAAGCGAGAGAUACGGCGACUCAUACCAGAAGAAGAUCACUGAUAUGGAGCGUAAUCUUCGGGCAAUGCAACAGAGUUUGGACGACAAGUGCCAAGAAUUGAGUCAAUCGGAGCUCGAGAAGGAGCGCAUGAAAGCCAAAAUGAGAGAACGGCUCGACUCGGAGAGGGGACGCCUGAAGACUGUGUUCGAGCGGAUUCUGGCCGAGAAACAGAGCCAAUUGGAAAGAGAACAGUGUGUGGCCAAAGACAAAAUGAAUUUAGUUAAGCAAAUACUGAACGCCGACACUAAUGCCGACGACUACUACAAGGAUUACCUGUUGGCACAGCCGUCGCAUUCGGCGCUCAGGCAGUCGUGCGCUCCCAGCGCUCCGUCCAAUGGGGGAGGCGUUGACAGUCAGGCGAGCACUCAGACACCGCAACAAGCGUUCAGGAGUCGUAAGUCUGAGUACGAUUUGGCCACUAAUAGUACACCGCAAACGGUCGGUAGUCUGGGCGGAGACGCGGCCACUCUCGUACACAAUCCGCCGCCGGUGUCGAACCCUCGGCACCGCCGCUCGCUAUCGACGGGCAACGAGAAGUGGAUCGAUCACAGACCGCCCGGCACUAUAGAGUUGGGCACUGUUUUGCGGCCAAAGAUCAAGAACAAGAAAUCGGUCUCCAAUUUGAAGUCAUCCGACAUUCAGGGGGCGUCGAUGUAUGCGCUCACACACCACGAGGCGGACGGCAACGGACAGGUCGAGACUCAGGUGUUUAAGGGAGAAGUGAUUCCGUCGGCCACCGGCGGCGCCCAAGUUAUCUUCAACGAUGUCGAGACCCUAAAGCAGGGCUCUCCUCCCCAAAGGAAACGAACCCAAAGCGACACUCGACUCCUCUCGCCCGCAAUGCCUCCCAAUCAAGUGAUCACAUCGGCUGAGCUCCACAACCAUCCGGUCUUUUCCAAACGAUCUCGUCACUACACUCAAAACAAUUGCUUAGGAGAUGUGACCAACGAUCGUCCAUUCAUUAGAAAAGACUCGCCGGUCGUAAACGACUCCAUCGACGCCCUGUUCCUUGAGUUCGGCGAUCAGUUCUGUGCGGUUGAGGUCAUCGCCCCAACAGAAGAGUAUCAUGUUUUUCGACUUAACGAACCCAAUGAGCGACCGAUCGUUGAUAAUGUCCUCCGCGUGAACGUUAACGCCUUCCAGACCAACGCUUUGCGCGAAGUAUACGGCCAUCUCUAUGGAAGCGUUGCGUUUGUCUUUGAACUGUUGCCACUUCUUCGUCAGCCCUUGCGGAACAGAUAUCCGGAUGAAAACAAGAGAAGACAAUAUUGCGGGCGCCGGCCUUCGCGAACACAGUCGACACAAUUAUGUCCACUCAAACGAUGGCAAACAUUGAGAGAAAUACUUACAAUUUUUUGCUGCGGAUAUUUGAGCUCCACAUUGAGACCACACUUGGGAUCCACUAAAUCGAGUACUUUCUCAAGACUGGCGAACGGGAGGUUCUCUUCCGUCUGGUCCUCUUCGCCGAAGUCA